UCAGACUUGGACUUCUCUGAAGGCUUUUCCGACCAUUCCUUGUCUCCAGCUGCCAAAGAGAAACCCUUCCAUUCCUAUAAUUUUAAGUCAUUUGACUCCUCAGACCAGGCCAGUCAUUCCUCCUCUAACCUUGUUGACAUUCCCGGCUCUGAGGAGGUCAGCUGCAGUGAUGGACCUCCAUAUGAUAACAUCUACCAUCCUUUGUCUCCAUUCUCCAUGUCUCCCUUUGAUCUGAGGCUAGACUUGGGAAGUUCCAGCUCUGCGGCUACCAUGGAGAGUGGAAACCAGACGCCGGUCAGCCAGCCAGGGACACCAUCCCCACUGGAGACCUUCAAACCUUUUCCUGGGAUGAGAGUUCGGAAGAGUUCUAGCUUGUCUAAUGUCCUGGAUGAAAACAGCUACCAAGAGACGUUACCCAGUGACACCAUCUCAAAUACCAGCAACCCCCAGCAGACCCCCGAAGAAGAGCUUUGCAACCUUCUCACCAACAUCAUCUUCUCGGUCACCUGGAGAGGGGUGGAAGGCUCGGAAGACGCAGCAUGGAAGGAGCGCGGUCAGGUCUUCUCAGUCCUCACAAAGCUUGGGUCGGCCUGCGAGUUGGUGAGACCUCAGGAUGAAAUCAAACGAAGCCUGCUGGAGAUGAUGCUGGAGUCAGCUUAUACGGACAUUAAGGAGGCCUCCACCUCCACCCUGCCUGGCCUCAAUCAGAAUGUGCUGAAGCUGCUGAGGCUUCUCCAAGAUUUCCUCUUUUCAGAAGGAGAAAGCAAUGAGGUCCUCUGGAGUGAG